AUGGGGUUAAUUAGGCAUGAGAUCUCUAGUAGCAACCCUAGGUUUCUUCAUGGGACUAAUCCUGAUCUCCCAAGCAUUCCCACCAAAGACUUUGUGGACGUCCACAACGUCGUCCGAGCGGAGGUCGGCGUCGGCGCCAUCACGUGGAACGAGACCCUCGCCGCCUACGCGCUGAGCUAUGCCAACCAACGGAUUGCCGACUGCAACAUGGAGCACUCGGGUGGGCCCUACGGCGAGCACCUCGCCGAGGGAUCGUGGGAGAUGGCCGGUGAGGAGGCCGUCAAGCUUUGGGCUGCUGAGAAGCCGUACUAUGAUUAUGGCUCCAACUCAUGCGUUGGCGACGAGUGUGGCGAAACUCGGUUCACUUAG